AUGUUAGUUCCACGCGCUCGAUGGGAUGUCUUCUUCGGCUCAGACCUAGGUACGUGGUUAGACUCGAAUUUGGCCACUAAGUUGAUUGGAGUGGAAGAGAAUUGGGACUGUGUGUUUGGAGUAAGCUUGUGGCAAAUUUGGCAGAGGCGGAAUAAUUAUGUCUUUAAUGGUGUUUCCCCAAUGGUGGAUCGCAAACUGAAUGAAGUUUAUCUGGCCCGAAUCUGGCCGUUAUGGAAGAUCUCCUCAGCGGAUACCGACGACGGCAUCCCAGAGCCUCUCCCCGCGAAAGCUAACUCGAAUUCGUUGCCGUCUUCUUCCGUGACGACACCGUUUCCGGUUUCUGCUCUCUCUAGAAAACUCCAAAUUCAGAAAAGAAUUCUUUGGGCACGCCCGCAAUUUCGCCGAAUCGAGUGUUGGUGUAGUUGCGGUUGA